CUUCAUUUGAUCGGACGAUAUCGAACAGACUGAAACGAACGAUUGUCGCAAACCUGUUGCGAUUUCUCGUGCGAUCUGUGACCGGCAGGCUCGGCCCAUCGUUAAGUAAAAGAAGAAGAAUGCGUUAAAGUUUUCUGGAAAUGGCGGCCUUCCAUCAUGGGCAACAGCGGACUAGUCGUCAUGGAUCAAACUGAUCUCGAGUUGUUGUUGAAUUACCCGCUGAUACACAAAACACGUGAAACGGUCGACGAAGUCGUUUACUCAGGUUAUGUGUUUGACGGGUCACUGGACGUGGAGGUGUUAGUGAAAUGGGGCUCUUGCGUCGGUCGUUACGAGGUAGAAGUGCCGGGAGACACGCCGCUGUCGAAAGAAAUCGACGAAUUGAUCGCGACCGGUCAUUUUCGCGGCGUGCUCGAAGUACUGGACAGAGUAAAGCUCCACUUGGAGUCGAUACGACGUCGCGACUGCGUUAGAAACAUCGCGGGAGUUUACCAGAAGGUUUUAUGGGAGUACGCCGAGUUUACUAAAUUUUACUUAAACCUCAAAAGUUGCCGGCUACAAGAGGACCUAAGAAAGAUAUUUUUGUCAUUGACAGAUGCCGGCAGUCGGGAACAUUCAGCGUUAAUAUCUAUAGACUUGUCAAGGUGCGACGAAGCGAUUUUCGCUUUGACUUCGUAUGAUUUGCCCCAAAGAGAGGCGGGUACGACCUUGUUCGAACCAAGCGAGAACGUGGCGACCUUGUUCGAUCGAUUCGCCGCGCAGGUGGAAUACCUGCAGCCCUAUUUCGAUCUGAUGGACGAACUCGACCAGAACUGUGAUGUGCUAGAUCCCGAGAAGCCACAGCGAGCUGACCCUUAUAGAAGGAUCUGGUUAGGCGAGAAUGUCUCUGUACAAAUCACCACCGACCCAUACAACGUGUUUCUGCGUCCGGACGUCCGGUUUCUCGGUCCAGACAGACUGGUCGACCCCUAUCGGGCUACGCUGAACGAUCGUCUCGGUGAUGGCGAGGGUUGGACGUGCAGGGAUGGGGUAUUCCGCGGUCUCUUGGAUCUGCUCGGUUUGGCCUCGUUUCCGCGCCUGCGGGAGACCGUAACCCGCCACGACGACGACGACGACUUGCUCGUCGCCGAGGGUGAUUGUAGCGUGUGUUUCGCGCCGAGGCUUAACGGUCAACUGGCGGACGUCGUUUGCAGGAACGCGUCCUGCGAAAAACGUUAUCACGUGGAAUGCUUGUACGAGUGGCUGGUGGCGGUGAACGCUCGCAAAGUUCUCGAUGGCAUUUCGGGCCGGUGCCCAAAUUGUGAGAAAGCGAUCACCUGCCCCGUACCUGUUCGCUUUUAAUUUAAAAAGAAAAGCAAGGAGUUAAUUUUUGUAUUUAA